CGAUAUGCCGGAUUAAUGUCCACGGUGCUACCAGUUCACAUCCGUGUCCGCAGAACUCGUUCUGGCUCAACGGCGAGUAUAAAUGGAGCAGUCUGUCCGUGGACCAGUAUCAGUCAACAAACUUCCAACGUUCGUCGAGCACCGCCAAAAACAAUCAAAAUCAACAUGAAAUUCCUCAUUUGCUUGGCUCUCUUCGUCGCCGUGGCCCAGGCCCAUCUUGUGGCGCCAGUUGCCACCUACGCCGCCGCUGCACCUGCCGUGACCUAUGCUGCCGCACCUGCCGUCUACUCGGCCGCCGUCCCACGUGCCUACACCACCUACGCAGCCGCUCCAUCCGUGUACUCCGCCUCGUACGUGUCGCCGUCUGUCUACUCCGCCUAUGCUGCGCCCGCUGUGGUCUCCACCUAUGCGGCGCCCGCUGUGGUCUCCACCCUCCUCAAGAAGUGAAUCAAUCAAGAGAACAAGCAAUGGACGUCCCACUACAUCCCAUGGAAAUUAAAGUUAGGUCAGAGUGUAUAAAUAAAUUGAGCUGAAAUGAA